AUGGAAGGUCAAGCCAUAAAUCAGUCCUCCAGUAGCGAGACUCCAGAAUCAACCGUUGAGCUUAACAUCAAGACGCUAGACUCACAGACUUAUACUUUCAAAGUGAAUAAGAAUGAAACAGUUUCUCUGUUUAAGGAGAAGAUAGCUAGUGAGGUAGGAGUGCCGGUUGGUCAGCAGAGGCUCAUUUUUCGAGGAAGGGUUUUGAAAGAUGAUCACCCUCUCUCGGAGUAUCAUUUGGAAAAUGGGCAUACUUUACACUUGAUUGUGAGGCAGCCAGCAGAACCAAUGCCAUCUUCUGGUACACCUUCAACAGGGGCCACUCCAAAUGAUGGAAAUGGUACAAAUGGUGGACCAUAUCGACAUCGGACACACAUCUCCCACAGUGUAGUUCUUGGGAGUUAUAAUGUUGGAGAUCAGACUGAAGGCAUUCCUGAUAUCAACCAGGUCAUUGGAGCCGUUCUAAAUUCUUUUGGAGUUGGUGGACAGCAGCAACCUACACAUAACAAUACUAAUGGCACACAGCCUUCUAUGCCCUCAAAUUUGUCUGGCCAAGCUCCUGGUAACACAUCUGAUGGAGCGCCUGGCAUCGGUGGUCAAAGCCAAGGUGGUCAAGGCCAAGCGGCGGGUCAUCCACAACCUAGGCAAGCAUUUCCUGGUGUAUCAAUUAGAGCAUCAAUGCCCCAUCUAGUUCAGAUUCCGAUUACAGCAGCUACUGCAAUUCCUAUUCCUUCAUUUCAAACGCCUAUCCCAGAUUCGUUAGACACUCUUUUGGAGUUCAUUAAUCGGAUGGAGCAGGCAUUGUCACAAAAUGGCUCUCAGCCAGAUACCCCCUCUGCUACAGCAGGACGGCCAAGGGAAGAGUUGCCUAGAAGUAGGCGAGGUGCAUCAACGCCUGAAGGACUCUCUGUUGUCCUGAGGAAUGCACAGCGUUUACUGGGUGGUCCAGCUGUCUCUUCUUUAUCUCAUAUUGCAGGACGUCUGGAGCAAGAUGGAUCCUCUUCAGACCCUGCUCUCAGGGCACAAAUUCAGACAGAGGCAGUGCAAGCAGGUCUUGCUAUGCAACAUUUAGGGGCCCUCUUACUGGAGCUUGGGCGCACGAUUCUGACAUUGAGAAUGUCACAGUCUCCGGAAUUAUCUUAUGUGAAUGCUGGGCCUGCUGUUUAUAUAUCUCCGGCAGGACCGAAUCCUAUUAUGGUUCAGCCUUUUCCUCAUCAAACCAGCCCUCUCUUUACUGGUGCAACUGCCUCAUCAAAUCCAGUAACUGGAGCAGUUGGUUUAGGAACCGCCCCAAGGCACGUUAACAUUCACAUACAUGCAGGCGCAUCACCUUCACCUAUGAUGUCCUUUCAACCAAGCAAUGGAGAAGGAGGACAAGGAGACGGCAAUACAAGCUUUGUACAAGUACCCCUAGUGAGAAACAUCGUUCCUGGUGCUGUUCCAUCUCGCUCUACCAAUGAGAAUGAUUCUGCUGGGGUUCAACCUGGUGCGGAUGUUGCUACUGCAGUUGCCGAACUUAAUGCAAGGAUUAGAGAAUUGGUAAACAAUACGCAAGGAAGAAACCAGAUUCCAUCUGGUACAGAAUCUCUCCAGCCAAAUACGUCUAUGGGCUAUGGUGUUUCCAGUACUAUGCCUGAGCAGCCUACCAACAUUGGAGUUACUUCCACACCCAAUGAGUCGAGUGGCUCACUGCCUGACUUACCAUCUGAAAGGAGUAUCUCAAUUGGCAAAAGUGAUAAAGAACAAUCAUCUUCAGCUCUGUUUGGAGAAUCAUCAAGCAAUAAAGAAGGUGCUACCAGUGAUGACAAAUCAACCAAGAAGGCUGCUCAAGAGGCAGCCUCAGCUACACCACUUGGAUUGGGGCUAGGGGGUUUGGACCGUAAGAAACGAAGCAAGCAGCCCAAAGCUUUAGGUAAGAAUGAUGAAAGUGGGACUCCAUCAUCGGUUGAAGCUGUGCAACAGAGCAGCAGUGGGUCCCAACAGCUUUUGCAAUCUCUCUUUUCUGGUAGUUCUCGCUCAGAUGAGACUGCUCUGAGACGCGGGCAAGGUCAAGGUUUAGAUGUGUCAAGCGCACUGACUCAGGUCUUGGAGAGUCCUGCACUGGAUGGAUUGCUAGCUGGGGCUUCUCGACAAGCUGGAGUUGAUUCACCAAAUAUGCUGAGAAAUAUGCUGCAGCAGUUUACUCAGAACCCACAGAUCAUGAACACGGUCCAACAAAUUGCCCAACAGGUGGAUGGGCAAGAGAUAGAGAAUAUGAUGUCAGGCGGAGCGCAGGGAGAGGGCGGCGGCUUUGAUCUCUCUAGAAUGGUGCAGCAAAUGAUGCCUCUAGUCUCACGUGCCUUUAGCCAAGGAGGACCAUCACUUCAACCUGUAACACAACAGCCUGAUGAUCUUCAACCUUUUCAGGCAAUUGUUCAAUCCAUGGCGCAAAUGAUUGAGCACUCUGAUCCACCGGAAGAUGUCUUCCGUGCAAUAGUCGAAAAUGCGGCAAUGAGCCAAGAAGAACUUGCGGACGAGCUCUGCGGCGAUGAAGAUCUGGCUCAUGAAUAUGCGAAGCUGCUAAGGCGUGAUAUCGAAGGCAGGCUAAAAGAUGAUCACGGUCCAUAA